ACCUACAAUUAUCAUGUACAUAAUGUGAAUAAGAUGUCUUUUCGUACUUUGUUAAGGAACAAAAUAAAAGUCCAAUUGGACUGGAAUUCUAAGUACUCAAAGCAAGCCUUAAAUUUAAAUCAAUCGUCACAAUGUGUCAUCAGUACAAAACGCGAAAAAUUGAACCACUAUACCAACACAGUUUACUCAAAAUUUGAUGAGGUUCCAUUAAUAUCCAAAGGUUGGAACCACAACAAAAGUAAAAAUGAUAGUUUUACGGUACAUCCAGUCGGGACAACGAACGAACAACAACUCCAUUCCUUUGAUGAAAUGAACAUCCAUGCAGAUCUCCAAAACACAUUAAAACAGUGGGGUGUAAACAAGGCAACAGAUCUACAAUUUAGGGCUGCACCUACUAUAUUGGGGGAAAAUCAUGUUAUGCUGGCUGCUGAAACUGGCUGUGGUAAAACGUUGGCGUAUUUAUUACCCAUUGUUCAAAGUCUUAUUGGUAAUAAACAGACUGAUUUAAAUAAACCAAGAGCAGUAAUUCUUGUACCAAAUCGCGAGCUGGCAUAUCAAAUAGGGGAACUAGCAAUCUCGUUAACACAAUCAGUGAACUUGAAAGCAAAAAUUGUGGUGGGCGGACGCACGAAAAAGCUAAUGAUGAACCCGGAAUUCGAAGACAUCGAUAUUCUUGUAGGGACCCCUGGCGCGAUCGGAAAACUGAGCACAGUGGGCGUGUACAAGCUGAAUGAAGCUAGAUUCUUGGUGCUGGACGAAGCUGACACACUUAUAGACGACAGUUUCAUUGAACGAAUCGACAGUAUUAUUAAACGAGUCUCGGGUUCACAAAUCAUACUGGUUUCUGCAACGUUACCGAGGAAGUUACCGGAGGUUUUAGCACCGAUCGAGCAAGAAUUGCGGCACGUCACGUCGCCGAAUUUGCACAAACCACCCCUUAACAUCACGCAGAAGUUUCUCAGAUUAACCAGGGCGGCUAAACCUAGUUAUUUGUUGAAGAUCGUCAAGAAUACUAGCGAACCCAUGUUGAUUUUUAGCAACAGAAACCAGACGUGCAAUUGGAUAGCGAUGUUUUUGCGUGAAAACCAAGUUGCCUGUUCAAAUAUCAACGGCGACAUGAACUAUGCGAUAAGAAUUGAUCAGUGGAACCAAUUUGUUAGGGGCGAGACGAGAAUCUUGUCCGCGACUGAUGUAGGCUCUAGAGGUCUGAAUACUAUUCAAAUUCGGCACGUUUUAAACUAUAAUUUUCCCUUGUAUGCGGCCGAUUAUUUGCAUCGAGUCGGAAGGGUUGGAAGGAUAGGAAGUCCGGUUUCUUGUAGGGUUACUAAUUUUAUUUCCGGGCCAGAAGAAGUUGCUCUAGUACGACAAAUUGAGUAUGCAAUUAGGAGAGGCGAACCUUUAACGAACGUUGAUGGAAACAUAACAAAUAUCGUUCAAAACAGAAUACUUAAGAAUAUGAGAGAAUCAAUGUAGAAUAAGUUAUAAAUUUUAAUAAAAUUAAUAUAGAACA